CUGCGCCCCAUUUCGAUGACCCGUGAAGUCCACCGACGCAUGCUGCUUGAAGAUGGGAUCCCCGCAAUCAAAGCCAAGUGGGAGUGGGUGAGGGACGAGGGGCAGGGCGUUCCUCUUGUAAGCCCAAUUUGGGUGCAGCAAGAGGUGGCUGGUUGUGCUGGUGGCUGGAGCAUUCUCUUAAGAAACCAGCCUGCGCAGAGUCCACAUCUAAACGUCCUUGGUUGCGGUUUUUUCAACGCGAUCCAGUCGCUGCAGUCGGUGACGGUCCCAAGAACAGCCGAAGACCUCAUAUCGGAAGUGGAGAUGGCGUUUGCGUCUACUACUACCACUACGCUGAACAAAACGUUCCUCUCCGUCCAGCUUAUCAUGCAGAGCAUCAUGAGGCACAACGGCGGGAUGCAUUUGGCUUGA